AUGGCAGUAGCAAAAUUCAAAUCAAAAUACGCUGAAAAUGUGAUGGACCACUUCAACAACCCAAGGAAUGUGGGAUCAUUCGAGAUGAACGAGAGCGUUGGAACUGGCGUUGUGGGAGCACCAGCCUGUGGAGACGUGCUCAAGUUGCAGAUCCGUGUGGGCAGAGAUGGCGUAAUAGAAGAUGCAAAAUUUAAGACAUUUGGGUGUGGAUCAGCAAUCGCAAGCUCGUCACUCGCGUCCGAAUGGGUCAAGGGAAAGACACUCGACGAGUCACUGGCAAUCACAAACCAGGAAAUUGCACGGGAGCUCUCGCUCCCGCCUAUCAAACUUCAUUGCAGCAUGUUGGCAGAAGACGCAAUCAAGGCAGCCGUAUCAGACUACAAAAUGAAGAAGAAAUGA